UCUGCGCGCGCUUCGCCCUCCUUGUCCGCCGGGGUCGUCGCCACUGCGACCCGCGAGGCCAGGGCCAGGCUUACCCUUCUGGCCGGGAGAGCCGUCGCGUUCGUUUCCUGUCCCCAAACUUGCCCUCAGCCGGGGCGUCGGCGAGGCCGGCCCGGCGGGCGCAAACGGACCAUGCUCGGGCCAAGGCCCCUUCUGGCAGCUUCCCUCAGCUUGGGAGGGACCCGCGCUUUCCCGUGUUCCCCACGGACACCCCGAGUCGCUUCGGGCACGUUGGAGACCUCGAGUCCGGAGCGGGGCGGACGGGAGCCCCACUGGGAGCCAAGCUUCGGGCAGGGCGGGGUUCGGGGGUGUGCUGGGGGGCAUUUAUUUUGCAGCGUUGGAAAAGGCCGCUCCUCGGUCGGCCUCUGGCCCGAGGAUGUCGGCUCCUAAUGCGCCUCUGGCCCUUUCCACCACAGUCUUCCACGCGGAGAGGGGCGAAAACUUCCCUGGCUUUUGUUCGCUCUGCUUUGUCUGGGGCUGGGUGGGAUUGGCGCGGCGGUGUAGACAGGCCACCACUUUGUGGCUGGGGAGAGGGUAUGAAGCAGGACUGCCCGCAAGAUUUGAGGGGCCCAGUGCAACGUGAAAAUGCCAGGUCCCUUGUUCAUAAGUCAUUACGAAUUCCACGACGGUGACAGCAGAGCAUUAGAUCCAGCGCACCCUGUGCGAGGCCGGCGAACCUGCCGCGGGGCUUCCAGGACUGUGAUCCCCAUAAGUGCUUCUGGAUGGAUCUUCGUCGCCAUCCUCGGAUUGCUCGCCAUCCUCAAGCUUGAAAACCCGCUUAAAACCAUUUGGGGGUCAUCUUUAAGUGCUGAGUUGGACAUGGCUGGAGGCUGUGGCUGGCCUUCUCCCUGACGUCUUGGUGGAUACAUGACGCUUGAUUCUAUGAAAGCAACCCCUUCAGCCAACUCCUGUCUUCCUGGGAAAGCCCUUGGAAGAAACAGCUGAAGAAGUUGAAGCUGAAGAGUUUGAAUGCCUUGCCUGCGACCAUUCCACAGUAUCAGAAGGAACCUUGUGGUUGCAAGUGACAGAGGAUUCAACCCAAACUGAGUUAGCGAAACCAGUCUCAAAUGAAUCUGACUUGAAAAUUCCAAAGGCUGAGAGAACACAUCCCUGCUUAGCUGGAGGAAAGCCAGAGAACAUUUGACAAGAGGCUGGAACUUUCAUUUUGCAGCCACACAAGACCUCUGCAUCCCUCAUAGAGAAGGUUUUUUCUCAUUUUUGUUUCUCUUGAAACACCUGAGGUGAGGAAAAACCUCUGCAUUGGCCAAGCAGAAGAAACAGGAUCUAUGACUGAAGUGGAUCGGCUAGGAGGGGCUCCUCGCAGCAUAAAGGGAGGCACUUUUCACACUCUGUCUUGGAAUGAGAAGUUGAAUUCACGAACACACGAUUGAGAAGACAUGGGCUGUGGUACUUCAUCUUCAGCGAAAGACAGGAAAUCUGAGAGAGCACUGAGAGCCGCUUUGAUCAUCCAGAACUGGUACCGAGGUUACAGCGCUCGACUGAAGGCCAGACAACGCUAUGCCCUCACCAUCUUCCAGUCCAUCGAAUAUGCCGAUGAACAAGGCCAAUUGCAGCUAUCCAAUUUCUUUUCCUUCAUGUUUGAAAACUACACACAUGUGUGUGAGAAAGAUCCCGAAUUUGUCAGUCGACUUUUUGGUAACACCCACCAGGACGACAAGGAUAGACAGGACUAUGUGGGGUUGGUAGACGUCCCAGACUCCUAUAAUGGUCCUCGACUGCAAUUUCCUCUCACUUUUACUGAUAUUGAUUUACUUAUUGAGGCCUUCAAGCAACAACAGAUACUUCAUGCUUAUUAUGUGUUAGAAGUGCUAUUUGAAACCAAGAAAGUCCUGAAGCAAAUGCCGAAUUUCACUCACGUAAAAACUUCUCCCUCCAAACAGAUAACAAUCUGUGGUGAUUUGCAUGGAAAACUGGAUGAUCUUCUUUUGAUCUUCUAUAAGAAUGGUCUCCCCUCAGGAAGCAACCCAUAUGUUUUUAAUGGUGAUUUUGUAGAUCGAGGAAAAAAUUCUGUAGAGAUCCUAAUGAUCCUGUUUGUCAGUUUUCUUGUCUACCCCAAUGACCUGCACUUGAACAGAGGGAACCAUGAAGAUUUUAUGAUGAAUAUGAGAUAUGGCUUCACAAAAGAAGUUUUGCAUAAAUAUAAGCUACAUGGAAGAAAAAUCUUACAACUCUUGGAAGACGUCUAUACCUGGCUCCCAAUUGGUACAAUCAUUGAUAAUGAAGUCCUGGUCAUACAUGGUGGGAUAUCAGAGUCCACAGACUUGAAUUUACUCCAUCAUAUGGAAAGAAACAAAAUGAAAUCUGUGCUGAUGCCACCAUUUCCAAUAGAUGAAGACUAUGCUACUGACUUGAAAAAUAAAGUAGGUACAACUGCUGUGCCUCGAGGAGUCAGAACAAGUGGAUCCCUCUCUGAACAGUUAACAAAGCAUGAAUGGGAACAGGUUAUCGAUAUUCUGUGGAGUGAUCCCAGAGGCAAAAGAGGCUGUUACCCAAACACAAGUCGAGGAGGGGGCUGCUAUUUUGGACCAGAUAUUACCUCCAAGAUUCUUAAUAGAUACCAGUUGAAGAUGCUUGUUAGGUCUCAUGAAUGUAAGCCCGAAGGGUACGAAAUCUGCCAUGAUGGGAAGGUUGUUACUGUAUUUUCUGCUUCCAAUUAUUAUGAAGAAGGCAGCAAUCGAGGAGCUUACAUCAGACUGGGCUCUGGUAUGACCCCUCAAUUUUUCCAGUACCAAGUAACUAGGGCAACGUGCUCAAGGCCUCUUUACCAAAGGGUGAAUAUUAUGGAAAGUAGUGCCAUCAGGAUAUUAAAAGAGAGACUGAUUUCACGAAAAACUGACCUCAUUCGUGCUUUCCAACUUCAAGACCGCAAUAAAUCAGGAAAACUUUCUCUGGGCCAGUGGGCUUUUUCCAUGGAGAACGUUUUGGGGCUGAACUUACCAUGGAGAUCCCUGAGUUCGCAUCUGGUAACCACAGACAAAGAUGGAAACGUUGACUACAUGUCCAGCUUCCAGGAUGUUCACAUUCAAAAACCUGUGAAAGAGGCUCAGUCUACUCUAAUUGAAACUCUGUACAGACACCGAACUGACCUGCAAAUCAUCUUUAAUAUCAUUGACUCUGAUCACUCAGGCCUGAUCUCCAUGGAAGAAUUUCGUACCAUGUGGAAACUUUUCAACAGUCACUACAGUGUUCAUAUUGAUGAUUCUCAAGUUGAUGAACUCGCCGAAAGAAUGGACUUAAACAAAGAUGGAAGCAUUGACUUUAAUGAGUUUUUAAAUGCUUUCUAUGUAGUGCAUAAAUUUGAUAAGUUGCACAAAUCAGAUAGCACACUUGCUUAACAAGAAUUAGAGCUUUCCCUCCUUGUAAACAGUUGGGCCCAAACCACUGACACAAUCUUUUCCAGGACCUUUGAAAUUCAGUCAAUAGUAGAGAAAAGUAGACCCCAAUCCAUGCCACGAGCAGAUGUAUAGUGUGGGUAUUGGAAUCCCUAGUAAGCUGUUAUUGGGAAGACUAGGUUAAAUGGCAGCUGAUAGGAUUUGGCUCUGGUGUUAGGACCUACACAUUGCCAGGUAGAAACUGGGUUUGAGUUGAGUGUUGGUCUCUUGGAUGCUACCUUACCCGGAGAGCAGAGCAGUUUGGAAAUACACUGAAAGGAACCCACAGAGCAGCAGAGAAAAGUGAAACAUCUGUGAGAUGAGAGGAGGAAUACCAAACUCUUAAUGGAAUAAAAUA